AUGAGUAGCAUGGGUGAUGAUAGCAAUCGAUCAUAUAAUAACGAAUCAACGAUUGCCUCAGAUAUUUCAAAAACCGAUCAACUAUCCGCUCCCAUACAAAAUUCACCUACUUCCGAUUUUGUAAGACAGCUAAACGAAGAAGUUCUACUUGCUGCAGAAAAUUCGCGUAAUUCUGACUCUAUGCUCAAUCCACGCAAUGAUGAAGGAAGUCAUUUCAACUAUGAUCCUGAUACAAAUAAACUAGUUUGUGUUGCUACGGAUUAUGAUGAUAUACCCGCGAGUGUUAUUCAAGCAUUUGCAUUGAAAACAAAGAUUCUUGAUUUAAAUAGCAAUCGUUUUCGAUCACUUGCUUGUGUGAAACGAUUUCCUAAUCUCGAAGAACUUAUAUUAGAUGGGAAUCAAAUCGAUGAUACUCAUACACGUUUCCCAAAAUUACCCAAACUUCAUACAUUAUUGUUGAACAAAAAUUCUCUACAGGACAUUUGCAAAUUAGUGGAACAAUUACGUCAUGCUUAUCCUAUGCUUAGUUAUCUUUCGUUAAUCGGUAAUGAAGCAUGUCCAUUUCGAAUUUUUCCGAAAAAUCAAUCAUCAACAGAAAAUGAUCUUAGUUCUUUUUCACAAGAUCAUCUCGAUGAAGAUUAUCAACGCUAUCGAGAUUUGCUUAUUGUUCGUAUUCCAACUUUGAAAUUUCUUGAUUCUCGAGAGAUUAGUGCAAAUGAACGACGGAAUGCUAUGCAGUCUUGGUAUAUUUUUAAUUCAAUUGCUGAAACAAAAUUAUCGUAUCUGUCGAGAGCGACCGAUAAAAAAGAGAGUAACUCCUAUAAUCGCUAUACUCCAUUACCAUUGGUUACCGGCCCAACUAAACCAAAAAUAUUAAUUCAAAAACGUCAUCAUACCUACAAUGGUGAAGAAAGUCAGGGUCACCGAUUUAUCAAAGAUGGUGAUUUGUAA